ACGUCACCACCUACGUCAUCAACGCGAGCCUCGACACGAAGGGACACACCACUAACGAGGACCCACCAGAGCCCGGAUGUGCGGACUAACUCGUUGAAGUGGACAAAGGUUGACCUCAGCGUCGCGAGCCAGCAGGAAGUAGCCGGAGACGGAACUCGGCCACUGCGCAGUCGCAGUGACUCUUCAUAGAGACUAAACUGUGCACGUGGACCUGUCUGAGUGGACUCUGUGUGGUUCCGCUUCAUUGAACACGUCCGGAUCGUCUCGUGUCCUGCGGAGCUCAUGACGUCAGCGUGCCAGCAGGAGGGAGACGGACCCGAACGGAGCCGAGCGACACCGAGCGGGGCCGAGUGAGAGACGCGUUUUUAACGGAGUUGUCUGGAGGAAACGUUUUCUGGAGAUGUCUAAAGUCCAACAGCUGAGAUGUUUAGUCAACCAGCGACUAACUGCGGCUGCGCAAGAGAUCUUGGGUCUGUUUGAAAGAACGAUAGCAGAGUACGAGGAGGAACUUUGUAGUUCCAGAGAGGAGAACGAGCGACACCGGAAACGACUGGACGCCGUGUUCAACCCGGAAGUCCGGUUACACAGAGCAGAUGUCCAGCAGCUGUUGGUGGUUCAAGAAGAGGUUCCCCCAGAGCAGGAGGACUGGAACUCCAGUCUGGACCAAGAGGACCCAGAGCCCCCCCACAUUAAAGAGGAACAGGAGGAACUCUGGACCAAUCAGGAGGGAGAGCAGCUUCAAGGGCUGGAGGAGGCUGGUCUCAAGUUCUCAUUCACUGUAAAGAGUGAAGAUGAUGAAGAGGAAGCUCAGUCCUCUCAGCUUCAUCAAAGACAAACUGAACACAUGGAAACAGAAGCUGAUGGAGCGGAUUGUGGAGGACCAGAACCAGACAGGAAGUUAGAUCCAGAAAGACAUCCAGGACCAGAUACUGAUGAGACUGAUGACAGUAGAGAUUGUGAGGAGACUGAGGAACCUGAGUCAUAUGUGAACCCUCAAAACAAAGAAGUACCUGUAAGUGAUGUGAACUGUAGUACUGGAAAUACAUCAAUCAGCUCUCCUGAAUGUGCUGGAAGCUCUGACCACAAGGGACAUCUGGAGAAACCCACUAGCUCCAAAACAGGAGAGAAACCAUUUCAAUGCUCACUUUGUGACAAAAGAUUUGGAUGCAAAAGUAGUCUAAAAAGACACAUGAGUGUCCACACAGGAGAGAAACCAUUUAGUUGUUCCGUUUGUGGUAAAACAUUUACACAUAAGGGAAACCUGAACAUUCACAUUAUUAGCCACACAGGAGAGAAACCAUUUAGUUGUUCCGUUUGUGGUAAAACAUUUACACAAAAGGGAAGCCUGAACAUUCACAUGAUUAACCACACAGGAGAGAAACCAUUUAGUUGUUCCGUUUGUGGUAAAACAUUUUCGCAUAAGGGAAGCCUGAACAUUCACAUGAUUAGCCACUUACGAGAGAAACCAUUUAGUUGUUCCGUUUGUGGUAAAACGUUUUCGCAUAAGGGAAACCUGAACAAACACCUGACUCUCCACACACGAGUGAAACCAUUUAGUUGUUCCGUGUGUAGUAAAACAUUUUUGCAUGAGGGAAACCUGAACUAUCACAUGUUUGUCCACACAGGAAAGAAACCAUUUAGUUGUUCCGUUUGUGGUAAAACAUUUUCACACAAGGCAAAACUGAACUAUCACAUGUUUGUCCACACAGGAGAGAAACCAUUUAGUUGUUCCGUUUGUGGUAAAACAUUUUCACAAAAGGGAAACCUGAACUAUCACAUGACUCUCCACACAGGAGUGAAACCAUUUAGUUGUUCGGUUUGUGGUAAAACAUUUUCACAAAAGGGAAACCUGAAACAACAUUUAAUUGUCCACACAAGAGAAAAAAAUUAGUUUUGGAUUUUCUUUCCAAGAUUCUCUUGUCUCGGUUAUUCGAAAAAUUGCAAGUGAAUUCAUGAGAGCAUCAGAAAUAACCAUGGUUAAACAAUUAAAAACUGUCAGGCUGAUACAGACUCCAAAAUAAGUGUAUUCAGUCAGGGCCGGAGUGGGGCCACUUUUCAGCCCGGGAAUUUCAGGCUCAAGACCAGCCCACUUGUUCCAUGGGAAUGGAAAUUGGAUAAAUGAAGCAACAGUUCAGCUCUUAUUAUCCUGUAGUUAUUUUUAAUUAAUACCAUGGUCCAACAAAUAAUGUAAAGGUACAAAAAAUA